UCAUGCUGCUGCCAGGUCCAGAGUGUCUCAUGGGUCCCUGUACGGCCUCCCAUUGCUGCUGUCUCCAUCGCCACACUCUGCCAUGUGCCACUUUCAGGUCUCCUCACACUGCUGGUGUGUUCCAUUUUUUGUCAUAGGGUGCUGGCAGAUUACGGGCCUCCCAUAGCUGCUGCCAGGCCCCUAAUCUGCCAUGGGCCCCUAUACCGCCUCCUCAUGCUGCUGCCAGGUCCAGAGUCUCUCAUGGGUCCCUGUACGGCCUCCCAUUGCUGCUGUCUCAUCGCCACACUCUGCCAUGUGCCACUUUCAGGUCUCCUCACACACUGCUGGUGUGUUCCAAUUUUUUGAC